AGAGAGUGUAAGUGAGGUAGAGAGUGGCGGCGGGGGCGGCUGAAGGAGAGAGCGGCCAGGCCGUCAUGGCGGGGAGUGGCGGCGGCGGCCGUGCAGACGACACUACUAUGGCAGGAUUCCGGGACAGGAACUCUCGCGUCGUCGGCACCUGGAAGAUCAUCGAGUGUGUUUCACUGUCAGGAUCAUCAGAGGCAACAGGAAUUGAGGGGACCGAGUUUGUGCUGUCCGAAGCCGGAGAUGUCACGUGGACCGUUACCGAUGGCUGCGAUGCACUCCCGCUCUUUUCCUGCCAAAUGUAUGAGGUGUAUACUUACCAAAAUCUUCAGUGUUAUGGCAAUAGAACAUUGCUUCGCUUUGCUGCUUAUAAUGGACACAUUAUUGAAUUUAGACUUGACCAACCGGUGAUGUCUCGAGACCUGAUGUUGUUGACGUAUGAUGGAUGGUUCAUGCUGCAGUGUGAGAAGCUGAGCACUCCAGAGAUUGCUCCAGACCUUCCAUAUUCCCUCCUUCCAGCACUUUCUGAUGGCUACUUCUCAGAUAUCAUCAUCACUGCAAAGUCAGGAAGAAAGUUUGAGGUGCACAGCAUAGUUUUGGAGUCAAGCAUGCCGAGUAUAGAGUGGUCAUCCCUGUGUGGUGUAGAUGAUGCCGCCCUGGAGACCAUCCUGCACUACCUGUACUCCUGCUGCCUCCCCUCCACACUCACUGUUGCAACUGCUCACAAGACCAUUGCAGCCACCCAACAUUUAGACGGCUUUGACGACUUUAGAAAGAAAUGUGAUAUCUUCAUUAAGAACACAAAUCUCAGGAACAGGUUGGUGUGUCUAAUGCAAGAGGUGCAGGAAUGUGUUGAAGUAAUGGUUCAACUCUUCAACCCAAGUGAUCCGGCUGUGACAAGCCCCACCCACCUCAUCACAGUUCUUAAAGCUGCUCUCAGACAAAUGGCUAUUGGUGUGGUGAAAGUGGUUGAAUUAAGUCAGGAGUUUGAGCAGUGUGGAUGGAGACUGACCCAAGCAGAGCAGCACGAAGUUAUGCGGUACACUAGGUCACAGUUGCCACCCCUGCUGGCCACGGUGGUGCGACUCUUGGCCAAUGUACGAGCAUCCCUCGCUGUUCUCAAUCACCACACUCGCCAGCAACUAGCACAGCAACUUGUUCCAGAGAUUAGCUCCGUUCUUCAGACUGUCUGUGUGGAUGUUGGAUCUCUAAGAACAAGUUUAGAACAUAUAAUCCAGGCAUCGUCCACAUCUUUAGAGUCUUCUCAUUCACCUACACAUCUACUAGCAAAGUCCCUCAGAAAUGACUUACACCUUCGUGAGCUACAAAAACUACGCAUCUUGCAGGAAAAUUUAACUUCGUUCUUAAAUUCUCUUGUUCAUAAGAGAGAACAGUUUGAAGAGAUAGGUGGAGGAGCAAGGGCACGGGGGGUGGCAAGAAUUAUUGAACACUUUACUGAGGAACUACCUGUCCUAACACUGCGACUUGAAGAGGCUGCAGCAGACUUGGAGGAUAUUGUAGAAUGGUCCGAGUUUAAGUUUGUGUUCAAAGGAGCCACCUCAAAAGUGGGAAGUAUUGUGGAACGUCUGGUGGAGCACCGGGGAGUGGUGGAGUCAUUGGUGGCAGAGCUAGUGGAACGUGUGGGACACCCAGCUUUCACCACUUCCCUGCAACACCUUGGACUCCUCGCACCACUACAGGACUCCUCGUCGGGCGAGUCAUCAUCUUCUCCAGAGGACCCGAAAACCCAAGAGUUAAGGCCAUCAUCAGCAGCUGAUACGAAUUCACCCGGGGACAUUGAGGGGCCAGUGGACUGCAGUUCACGGAGCUUCUCUAAUUCUUCGGACACCUCGAGUGGCAGUGGCCAACGCCGAUGCCCUUCCAUUCCAAAUGUGGAUGCCCUCCACGAUGAGCAUUCCCAUUCACCCUGCAAGUUAAGUUUGGUAAGUAGGGUGUGUGAGCCACCUCCAUCACGAAGCAACCCCCUGGCGGUCAACAUUGCCCGCUUGUUAAGUGACCCAGUAUUAAGUGACAUGAAGUUUGUGGUGGUUCCUCCAGCAGAUGAUGAGGCUUCUCCAACAUCAAGUCAAGAAGAACUAGAUGUGAUUGAAGGCCAUGGAGGCAAUCAGAGUGCCAGUAAGGAGUCCAUGAAGGAGUCCAGCUUAGAUUGGUGUGAGUUUCCACAACAGCCACAGUCUGGUAUUAUGAAUGCAGCAGUGCCCAAGGUGUCCUCAACAGUGGUUCGUAAAGUGAAGAAAUCUCUGAGUCUAGACCGUCCGUCCGUGCGAGCAGCAGUGCCCACUCAAGCUUAUAGUCUUGACUGUGAUGCUCUGACUUGUUCUGAUAAUGUUUUAGUGCCCAAUAAUUCAUUUAUGCUUAAAGACUUUAAUCAGCAUCAUUCUGCAGACUUAAAAUUUGUACCUAGAAGCACCAAAGAGAGUUCUGAUAUAGAGGUUAAUGAUGUUAAUGCUAAGUGUGAUGGUAAUGUUAAGUUUUGUGUUGAUGACGCUAAAAGCUUUGACACAAGUGCAAAGUGUAAAACUAAAAACUUCAGUUUAGACGAGACAAAGAAUAAAGCAUUAAGUGUGGAAAGUGAUAACAUUUACGAUAAUACUGAUCUUUCUUAUAAAUUAAGACAUUCUUUGAGCCUGAGUAGAGAGCAUACUCAGGAUGGCUAUGGUGGUGAGGACCUGUAUGCAUUUAAAUGUGCUGACAAUCACUUGGUAAGACCCAUCAGUUUAGGCAGUGUUGAUAUCUUAGUAGGCAAAGGUGUUGCGCUGAAGAAUGAAGUAGAAGAUUUUAAAAAUAAAAGAGAGCACCAAGUUUUGAAAAAAGACAUUAACACAAGGACUGCCAGAGAGAGGAAACAGGAGUCUAGCUCAGAUACAGAAAUUGGCAAUGAAAGUAAUAUGUCAAAAUUAUUUGAAGAUACCCAUUUCAAAAUUCACUUAAGUGAAGAAAGUAAACAAAACAACUCUGUAAGAGAGACCGAAAGAAGAAAAGCGUGCGAAUCUCAAAGUGUCGAGAGCGGGAAGCAAAAUAUACCUGAAAGCUCGGAGAUGGAAAGGAAAGCAGUGCUAACCAAGGCUCCCAAUGUUGACGAUGAGAAAAUGAUCAAGUCGAGCAGCUCAGAGAGCAAAGAGGAACUCGUAGGAACGACGCCCGAGCACAAAAAUCGGUACAGCUGGGAAGGGGUGGAGCUGCGUGCUCACAGGGUGGUGGCAGCAGCCAGGUGCGAGUGGUUCAGGAGGGCGUUGCUCUCGGGAAUGCGGGAAGCUAUUGACAGAUGCAUUGUUGUCCACGGGUGCAGUGUGCAGACAUUCCAGUUGCUUCUGGGUUUCUUAUAUGCUGGUCAUGUGGAGUGUGGCAACCUUCCUCCCGACCAGCUGGUCGACUUGCUCGUCUUGGCAGACCAUUACGGGGUGGAUGCGUUGAAGCUGCUGGUUGAGUCUGGGCUCGAGCAACAUGUUGAUGAUGAAUCAGUGGUGCCUCUGCUCACAGUUGCUCACCAUUGUAAUGCAUCUCAUCUCAAGGAAGUGUGUGUGCAUCACUGUGUUGUGAGUGCUGUGGUGUUAGAAGGGGAGACGUUGGCUCAGUUGCCAGAAGAUCUCCGACAGCACCUCACCAUGGCUCUGGGAAAACAUAGAAAGUGGUGUUGUGGUGCCAUAGGAGAGGAGAUGCUAGUGGGAGGGGGUGGCACUGGUGGGGAGGAUAGCCCCCUCUCUGUGUCCUCAACAGACCCCCUUAAUGAUGAUCAAGUUAGCCUUAUCCCUGGGCUUCAGUACGGGUUUGGAGGAGAGGCCAGUUUAGAGGGGAGCAACGGUCGCGUGGAAGCAGUGGUUGAGCAGCUGCGGGAGGUUGUGGGGCAACAAGUGCCUCACUCCACACUCGUACGCAUCACCUUGGCUGCAGAUUAUGAUCUCAACCGAGCUCUUAAUUUUUUCUUUGCUUCGUCUCCAUAGAUGAUGUAUUUCUACUCUUUCAUAUUGGUGUAUAAAUUAUUUUUAAUAUCGUUGUACUUACUACAAUAGAAAUGAUUAUUUUACAUGUGGACCAUAUGCAGAUAAUGCUGGAUAUCAAAAUAUAUCCACAAGUAUCUCUUAUAUUUACAGAUCAUGUGGAGUUGUACCUAGCUUCUGUCCAGUGAUGGUAAUGAGGAUAGACAUUUUAUUAGGCAAGCACGACCAAUGCAAAUAAUUUGUUAUAAAUGUACGACAGGCCAGGCUGAGAGUUAAGCAAGCCUUCAUUGUGCUCACUUCAUCUCGUGUCUGUCAUUUCCCUUCAUAUCAGUGAAGUAACGGGCUAACUAAUCCACCAUUUCUGGUCUUAUGAGCUUUAUUCCCCUUGUCAUUAUAUAUAAAGUUUGAAACUUAACAACCUAUUUAUUAGUGUAGUAUUUUUGACUAAUUAAUAUGCCGAAAUAUUUGACGUACUCUUGUCCAGGGACGUUUUAUUUUAAUGACAAUUGAAGCUGGUCUUCAGAAUCACUAAAAGCUGUUAGAUAAUUUUGAAUUAUAUUUUAAAAUUAAAAUAUAUGAGGAAGUUUGUAUGUGCAUGUUUAAAUGUUUUUACAAUAACAGUGGAAAUGCUGAAAAUAUAUGUAAAAUACAAUGAGUCUCUGUAUUGAAUAUUGACUUUAUUAAAGUAUUGUUGAUAAUAGCUCAGAUGGUUAAGAUAUAUGAUGCUUGAAAGCAAGAUGCUACCGAGAUAAGUGUUGCCGAGUAACUGUUGACAACCGAGUCACUGCAUCAGAAGUUGCGUACCUAAACUGUACGCAGUUACGGAACAAAACAUCGCUUGCACUUAAACAUCAAGCUGUUUUCUUGAGAGCGUUAUCUAGUGUUGACUUGGUGUUGGAGGAUAACGUAUCGGAAGACUUUAUUAAAUACUCGGUGACUGAAAUAAGAGGACUAAGCUACAACAUAUUACAAGAACACAACCUAACAUCUCUGGUGGGAGUAGACAAGGUGGAAGAAGGCAUCCUCUUUAAGCUGAGAGAAAAUAGGACAAAAGAACAUCACUGGAAAUUGAAAAUUCAAGCGAGUUGUAGAAAUGUAAGAGAAUCCGCGUACUCGGUACAGAUGAUUAACAAGUCUAAUUCUUUGAAGAGAGAUGUCAUAUAUACCAUGCAAUUCCAUUUUUUUAAAGGUAAAUAUGAAACCUAACUUGAACAUCAAGUGAUUUGACCCUUGACACCACGCAACUGUCAUGAAAGGUGCCGCUCUGCUUAUGUGGAUAUAAUAACAGGACAGUAAUAAUUUAUUAUUAUGAAAUGAUGCAUUUAUAUGUAAAAUAAUAACCCCAAAUAAAUAAGUAAAUAAAUAAAUUAUAUUAUUGUCUGGUGUGUCUGUGGUGCACUAUUUGGUGACUCGUCAUAUAGGGGGGAGGGUUGUGAUCAUUCUGGCAGGUUUAUAUGUUCCCUGUUUUACUGUAGUUUGAAUAGUAUAUGGAAAAGCUACAGAUAUAUAGUUGACAAAAAUGGUGAUUCACAAUGUAAUAUGUACAUUUGUAUUUUUCAUAAAUGUGUUGGUGGCAUAGCUCCAAAGUGUGUUGUAAUCAACUCUUGGGAAGCCAGUGUCCUGGCACUCCAUCGAGAAGUACAUACAAACACUGGCAGGAGAGACUAAUUGUGAUAUGACAAUUGCAGGCUGCUGGUUCACAAUAACCUUGUCACACGAUAACAAAUUAAAAACUAGAGCAGAAUUUAUUUGUGGGUCUUAAGUGAACUCCAUUAUAUGGAUGUGUUAUAACAUGUACAUCACUUGUGUAAAAAUAGGCAGUAAUAACUGAACUUGACAUAU